AUUGGGAGAAAGGAGUUUGUUGGCGGGCUCGGAACGGUCCGGUUGCGGGAGAGACCCGGGGCUGCGGCGGUGCCCGCGGUGGCGGCGGCGGCGGCGGCAGCUGGGACUUCCCGCGCGUGGGCCGGCACGGGACUGGAGCGUCACUUCCCAUGGGGUGUACCCCUUGAGACAUUCCAAGGGCCGCGGCUCGGUUUGGCUGGCCCAAGGCUACAAGAAAACCAGUAAGCACCUGUCUGAGGAGGCCUCUGUGGGUAAGUCAUAGUUUUCCUUAUAUGACAUCUGGUCCUGGUUCUGUUGGGAUCCCAUUUAGGGACAGUGAGGUGCUUUAGGAGACACAUGAACUCCUGUCCAGGGCUCUAAGGAGAAGUCACACUGCCUGCCUGGUUCUUGGCCCCCUGUACCCUGUGCUGUUUUGUCUUUUCUGUCUCUUUUUCCUGAGUUCUGUGGUUUGGACUUGCGGUGACCGGUCGACAAAAUGGGAAAUAAGACUAGCAAAGUUGAUACUCCCCUAAACUGUGUACUGGACAAUUUUGAUGAACUUUACACCCGUAGUGUUAAGAAGUGUUAUAACCGUAUUACCAAGAAACGUCUCCGGACCUUCUGUCAAUAUACAUGGCCCAUGUUCGAGGUCAAAUGGCCCUCUGGGGGCACCUUUGAUCCCCAGGUGGCAUGGGCGGUAGUAGAUGUUGUCCGCAGAUUACCUGGCCAGCUGAACCAAAUUGGAUACAUUUUGCCUUGGGCAGAAGCAACAUCUAAUCCACCGCCAUGGAUGAAGGUUUAUAUGGUCAGAAAUGGCCUUCCUCAUUCCCCAUCACCUCACCUCCCUCAGCCCCCACCUCAACCCAAACCUGUAACACAUCCCCCACCUCAACCCAAACCUGUAACACAUCCCCCACCUCAACCCAAACCUGUAACACAUCCCCCACCUCAACCCAAACCUGUAACACACACCCCACCUCAACCCAAACCUGUAACACGCCCCCCACCUCAACCCAAACCCCUAAAACAUCCCCCACCUCAACCCCCACCCCAAGCUCUACCCCCGCCCUCUGAUGCCUGUGUGCCUUUUACCAGCACUGAUCUUUAUAACCAGAACAUCCAGAACCCUCCUUUCAGCACAACGCGGAGCUCUAUAGCCUAUGAGCCUUUGACCACCAGGGAUCUUCUUAACUGGAAGGUGCAGUGCCCCCCUUUUAGCACAGACCCAAAGCCCCUAAUCUCUCUAAUUGAAUUGAUCUUCCUCAUGCACCAUCCUACUUGGGAUGAGUGUCAAAUCAUCUUAUAUAUCCUCUUCACAAAGUGGGAGAGGGAACGGAUUCUGACGAAUGCAGCUAAAGAACUUUGUGGAAUGGAUGUCCUGCCUACAGAGAGACCAGACUGGAACUAUAGGACAGAGGAAGGUAGGAGGUUACUCAAUGAUUACCACCAGGCUUUGCUUAAUGGACUAAAACGGGCAGCCCGGAAGCCCACUAACUAUUCCAAGGUGACAGAUACAAAACAAGGUCCAAAGGAACCACCGUCAGCGUUUCUUGAACGCCUCCUGGAGGCAUACCGUGAAUAUACAUCCAUAGAUCCAGAUGACCCAGCAAACCGCUUCACGAUUAACCUGAGCUUCGUAGCCCAGUCUUCCCCAGACAUACGUAAAGAAAUUCAAAGAAUGGAUCGAUUUUUUGAGAUGAGUAGGUCAGAAUUAUUGCAAGUAGCCCAGGAAGUGUUUGACAAUAGAGAGAUUGAAAAACAAAUGCAGCUGUUGAGGAAUGUGAUCUAUGGGCAACAUUCCUGUGGCUCCUUCAGUCCUGGCCAAACAACAUACAACAGAAGGGGGAGGCCCCUGCGAAGAGACCAGUGUGCUUACUGCAAGGAAUUGGGGCACUGGAAACAUGAAUGCCCCAAACAGAGAUGGGUAGGUCCUCCCUGGCCAAGGCCACGUUUGGCUUUAGGACAAUAGUGGGGCCAUAGCUUUUUCAAAUUAGACCCCCAGGAGUCUGUAGUAAUAAUCCUUUCAAUUAGUACCAACCUGUAAACUUCCUAGUCGAUAUGGGGGCUUCACAUUUGGUAUUACAAAACCCCUAGGGCCUCUUGCCAUUCAAACAAUGGAAAUGCAGGGGCCAACAGGGGAAGUCAGAAAAUCUAAAUGGACUACAACAUAGACUAUUAAUCUGGGAGAGAGGACAAUGAUUCAUUCCUUGUUAGCCUUGAAUGUGCCCAUUCCCUUUGCUGGGAAGUGACGUCCUAAGCAAGCUCCAGGCAACCUUCUCAUUCUCAGGAGAUACACUAGGGUGCCUAGCCACAAUCCUGACCAUUACCUGUCCCUUAAUCCAGUAGUCCCUCCUCCUCUUUCUCCUCUAGGGUCUGACCCACACCCCUGAGGGGAGAUUAAAAGAGCAACUGAUCAGGGAUGUUCUUGCUGUCUGAGCCAAAACCAGUCCUGGUCUGGCUAAGCAUGUGUUGCCACUUAUAGUUCAGCUGACUUCUGAGGCCAUGCCCAUCCGAGUCAGACAGUAUCCCAUCAGUACAGAGACCAGAGAGGGAAUCAAGGUACAUCUCAGUUGCCUCCUCAAGACAGGCAUACUCAUUCCAUGCCAGUCAGCCUGGAACACCCCUAUUACCAGUCCAAAAGCCUGGGACCAACACUAUCAACCAGGACAGGAUUUAAGGGGAGUGAAUGAGCAGGAAGAAACCUAUUUGCUUGACUGUUGCAAACCCUCUUUAUACUCUGCUCAGCAUGCUGCUGCCUGAGCAGGUUUAUAAGGUACUGGAUCUAAGGGAUGCGUCUUUCUCCAUUCCCUCGUCAAAACUAAGUCAGCCCAUCUUUACAUUUGAAUGUGCUGACCCUGAACUGAGAAUAUCAGGGCAACUGACCUGGACCAGAUUACCUCAGGGGUUCAGCAGCUCCCCUACCAUCUUGGAUGAAGCCCUCAACCAGGACUUAAGUCUCUUCUGCAAUGAGUAUCCAAAAGUUACCUUACUCCAGUAUGUGGAUGAUUUGUUGCUGGGUGCAAAAAAAUUUAAGGAGGACUGUUUGGCUACUCAGGGUCUCUUUAAGAACUCUGGCUCAACUCGGCUAUCAAGUUUCCACAGAGAAAGCUCAGAUUUGCUCUCUGUGGGUCACCUAUUUGGGAUAUGAAUUAAAGGAAGGAGAAAGGCUAUUAUCAAAGGCCUGCAUAGAAGUCAUAAUUUGAACCCCUACUCAAACCACAAAGAGGCAGAUUAGAGAGUUCCUGGGAGUUAUUGUGUAUUGCUGCCUCUGGAUACCCAGGUUUGCUGAAAUUGCCAGACCCUUGUACUCAGCCGUGGCAGGGGCUAACACCCCUUUGGAGUACACUGAGGAAAGUUAGCAGGUCUUAAAAGGCGCUUAUGUAGGCUUCUGCCUUAGCUCUUCCUGACACCUCCAAGCCCUUCCACCUCUAUGUCUAUGAGAGAAAGGACAUUGCCAAAGGAGUCCUGACCCAAGCCCUGGGUCCCUGGAAAAGGCCAGUUGCCUACAUUUCAACAAGAUUGGAUCCUGUGGCCUCAGGAUGGUCCCCUUGUCUACAAGCCAUGGCAGCUACCAAUCCUUAUAAAGGAGGCGGACAAACUUACCCUGGGACAGAAUCUGACCAUAAUGAUCCCACAUGCAUUAAGACUCUCAUUAAGAGAUGAUACUGCUGGAUGUCUAAUGCUCCUCUAACCCUAUACCAGGCCCUUCUCCUAAAUAAGGAUAGAUUGGCUUUUGACAAAUCCAUGGCUAUCAACCUUGCUACCCUAUUCCUGGACAGUGACCCUCAGGAAAUCAUACAUGAUUGCCUGAAGAUCCAGAAUGUCAUUCAGGGUAGCCAGCUGGACCUCAUUUGCUAGGAGCCAUCCCUGGUGGUGUAGGUCCUAGAAGAGGAUGUUAGAAGUUGACGACAGAAGGAGGUAAGCCAGGCCAUGGUGGUUGGGAGGAUCUUGCAGCCUGACUAGCAGCCAGAGUGCUUCUUUUUUUUUUUUUUGGUUUUUCGAGACAGGGUUUCUCUGUGUAGCUUUGCGCCUUUCCUGGAACUCACUUGGUAGCCCAGGCUGGCCUCGAACUCACAGAGAUCCGCCUGACUCUGCCUCCCGAGUGCUGGGAUUAAAGGCGUGCGCCACCACCGCCCGGCAGAGUGCUUCUUUAUUUAUAUAAAUUUAGUAAGCUGAGAUGCAUCAUGAUGUCCAAAACAUAGAUCAUAUCAUUUUUUGUUUUAGACAUGUGUUUUUUGUUCAUUUUUUAGUCAUUAAUAAACUGUGACAGACAGAGUUAUCAUUUUAAUCAUUUUUCCUAAGUUUUUUUUUUUUUUUUUUUGGUUUUUCGAGGCAGGGUUUCUCUGUGUAGUUUUGCACCUUUCCUGGAACUCACUUGGUAGUCCAGACUGGCCUCGAACUCACAGAGAUCCGCCUGGCUCUGUAGAUGUAAGCAACAGUCUUAUUAAAUAAGAAACACAGAGCCGAUUCAGAGAAGAAAGCCAAGAGGUCAGAGCUAAGAGCCUCACCCUUCCUGAUUCAGGGAUCCUCUCCAGCCAAGAGAGCUCUCCGAAAAGGGGACCUACUUCCUGUGUGUGUCUUUAUAUAGUCUAGCUGUUCUGCCUUCUCAUUGGUUGUAAACCCAAAUAUGUGACUGCCUCGUCACUGCCUGAAUGUACCGCCCUCCAGGUCCUUAAAGGCGUGCGCCACCGCCGCCACGCACUUGCUAUGGCUCUCAUAGCUCUGACCCCCAGACAACUUUAUUUAUUAACAUACAAUUAAAAUCACAUUUCAGUACAAGUAAAAUACCACCACAUGGCUCUGCCUCCCGAGUGCUGGGAUUAAAGGCGUGUGCCACCACCGCUCAGCUUUUCCUAAGGUUUGACAUCAUUAAUAAACAGAGCUACCAUUCUUACUCAUUAAUCCUAUAACCUAAUUUUUAAGAAUCUACAGGCAUAUGAUAGCCUGUUCUCAGCUAUCUAGCUGACUAGCUUUUGUGGUUACAAGGACAUUAGACCAAAACAAAGUCUUCAAGGCAGCCAGGCAUAUUGCCAUGUCCCAAGCAGUGUAUUAUUAACUCCAUGGUCAGUGUGCCCAAGAAAAAUCCUCAGGCUUAAGCUGUUCAAAUUCUGGCAUAAUACAAUGUUUAUAUUUUAUAUCUUCAUAGAAUUUGUCUAUAUGUCUAAUUCUGGCAUUCUGUUGUUCCUUAGUCAUGUGAUAUCACAGUGGCUCUGCAUGUGCUAACUUUCCUAAGAAAGAGAGGCCCUGACAUCUCAUUCUUUUAUCAUCUUUCCACUCCAUACUUUGCUCAUCAAUAUAAGUCUUUGUGUAGGGCUAAGGUAACUUCAGCUAAUAUAACUUUGUUGCUGUAUAUGCUGCAUAAUUGCCUGAGUGUAUAAUGGGACGGGGCUUAUAAUCUGAUCUGUGGCCAACUCCUCUAGCCCACCAAAUCUUGUUGACCUUUUUACAUUUACUUUGUUUUGAAUAUCUUGUUCCUGUGUAAGUACAGGGACACAUGUUUCAAGAAUGUCUCAUGGCCUCCUAAAGAGACCUCUGGCUUCUUUAUGUGAGUCACAAUCUCCAAGGCAUGAGGAAGAACUUCAAGUACAUAAAAAAGACCUUCAAGUAGAACUUACCUCUCCCAAUCUUUGGUUACUGGGACAUCAGGAGGUACUUCAAAACAUCUCAAAUUGCUGCUUGACCUGCACUCAGGUGAAUGCAAAAAAUGGAUAUGUUGCCCCAAGGGCACCAAAGUCAAGGUUCUGUAUCUGAUGAAUUUGGGGAAUUGGACUUUACUGAAAUCAAACAAGGGUCAUAGGCAUAUAAAUACUUGCUAGUCCUUAUCAACACUGUGUUGGUGAGAUAGAGAGAGGCCUUUCCAACCUGAAUGGAAACGACCCAGAUAGUAACUAAGAAAUUAAUGAUGGAAAUCAUACCCAGAUUUGGCCUCCCCUCAACUCUGGGCUCUGACAGUGACCUGGCCUUCAUGGCUAAACUGUCUCAAAUGACUACAGAAGCCCUCAAUAUAAAUUGGAAACUACAUUGCAUGUAUUAUCCUCAGAGUUCAGGAUGGAUGGAUGGAUGGAUGGAUAGAUAGAUAGAUAGAUAGAUAGAUAGAUAGAUAGAUAGAUAGAUAGAAUGAAUGGAACCUUAAAAGAAAUUCUCAUAAAUAUGUUCUUAAGACAGGUGUUAACUUGGUUGACCUCUUGUCUUUGGACCUGCUAAGGGCCUGUUGCGCCUCCUCCUGGGAAAAACUGCUCCAUAUGAAAUAAUUUAUGGAUGGCCACCUCCAAUGGUCCCCAGAGUACAUAAAGAGCUAUUAACAGAUUAUCUAAUCUCUUAAUCCCUAAAGAGAUUAUAUUUAACUUUGGAUAAGAGCUUUCCUCAAGUCCAGGCUGUCCAGCUGGUCAGGCACUGCCUGCCUGACUACCGGUUCCAACCUGGUGACACUGUUCUAUUCUAGUCCACCGUUUCAAAACUGACUGCAUGGAACUAAGAUGAAAAGGCCCCAAAUUGUGAUUCUUAACAGCCCAAUGCUGUUAAGGUUCGUAGUGCCUCUCAAGAAGGCACCAGAGGAUCCUGUGGAAGAGGGGAGGGUUGUCAAAAAUGAAGUGAGUGAAUAGGAUCCCCUCAAAGUUAAGAUCUCUAAGGUUUACUGUUUUGCUACUGACUUUCCUUUUUUACUCCUUUCCUUAGACUAUGGAAGCCAUAAAGUUAGUCUUGAUCUGUUGGGUUAUGUUUUUACCCUUGAGCUUCAGCUAUAAUAACCCACAUAGACCAACCACUUGCAAAUGGGAAGUUAGAUGUUGUCCACCAUUGUAACUUCCAAUCAGCCUAAUCUGAAAGCUGAUAACUGCAAACUCUGUCCCUUCCAACUUGGAAUGGGCUGUGGAUAUUUACAAUUGGGAAAAAAACAAAACAAACAAACAAAAACUUGGAAAGCAUCCUGGUUUAUGCCUGUCCAGCCCAGGGAAGCAGGUUCUGCCAAAGUACCAAUGCCUAUCUUUAUGCCUCUUUGGGCUACAAAACUAACCCUCUGGAAGACAGAACAUGAUUUUUUUUUAAAAGAUUUAUUUAUUGUAUAUACGGAAGAGGGCGCCAGAUCUCAUUACAGAUGGUUAUGAGCUACCACGUAGGUAAUAGGGAAUUGAACUCAGGACCUCUGGAAGAGCAGUCGGUGCUCUUAACCUCUGAGCCAUCUCUCCAGCCCCCAAGAACAUGAUAUUUUUACCACAACUCCCAACCCCUCUAAAACCAACUCUAAUUGUCAGUUGAGGUCAUUGUAACAUUGUAUCUUCCAACUUAAAUCUGGAACAUUUGUGAUUCUUCUGAAAAUUCACAUUGGAAUGUAGGAAGAACUUGGGGAAUUAGGCUAUAUGCAGUUGGACUGGAUCCUGCUUCCUCAAUUACCAUCCAGUGAUAUUCAGUAAGAAGAACCUAGACAUAUAGGUCCCAGUAGAGACCUCCCUAUACCCCAGGUUCUUCCAGUGCACCCAUGUUCCAAAGACUCACCAACUACUGUCUUGCCUGUUCUAACCUCCCCUGAGCCAUCUCCUGUUAAAGGAAAAUCCAAAAUCUCUGUCUCAUGUCAUAAGAGACACCUGAUAUAGGACAGAAGAAAAGUCAAAAUUGAGGGACUAUUCUGUUGCCAUAAUUUCAUAGUCCUUUGCUUUUAUUUUGACUCUUUAAAACUUUUAUUUAUUUAUUUUUUAAGACAGGGUUUCUCUGUGUAGCUUUGGAGCCUGUUCUGGAACUUGCUCUGUAGACCAGGGUGGCCUCGAACUCACAGAGAUCCACCUGGCUCUGCCUCCUGAGUGCUGGGAUUAAAGGCGUGGCCACCACCACCCAGUCUUAGGAAUUAGGUUUUUAUACUCUGGAUGUAUUUUAACAAACUGUGGUCCUUUAACCUCUUUUAGAUAUGCUGCAUAUGACAUUUAAAAUGUUUAAGUUUUCUGCAGUGAACUGUGACCAUUUCUAACAGCAACCUUUGAAGUCUCCAAAAGGAUGAUGGGGCCCCACAACAGUGAUUCCACCUGGAUUGAUGUAAGGCCACUAAGCUGACAAACACCACCCAAAGAUCGGUUUUGGACUACAAAGUCAAGGUGGCUAGCUGAGAUGGUCCAGCCUCACAGACUACUCUAUCUAGGACUUGAGAUAAGCCCCCUGCACUUUCCCAUUACACAGAGACUGGACAACAAGUGAUACAGCUAGCUCUCCCAGGGACAAUUGUCCUAAUUUUCUCAGGGUCCCCUGAAGAUGCCAUCGCCCCCAGACAGCAGGAAGCAAUUUUAAGAACACGACGCCCACAUUCCCAAGAGGUGGGGUGGGUGGUUUUUGGUUGUUUAGUGGGUUAUGGAUAUUUUUCUUCAUUUAUGGGGGUUGGUUACAUUGUGGGGGUUGGUAAUGGUCUGGAAAAAAGAUGAAUAAAAAAGAUUAGAUUAAGGGAACUCAUUCUGAAAAGAAAAAGGGGGGAUAUAGAAAUGAUAGGAUAAAAGGUAGAUUAUUGAAUCUACUUUUAAACCAAAACAGCAACUACUAGUCUUAAAUAUUUUAUAUUGCUAUGGAUUUUUUAUAUAUUGAUACAAAUUUGAAGUUAUUUUUGUUAUGCUGUAUAGAUAUUUCUACUUUGGUUUAAGACAUUUUUGUAUAUUGGUACAAAUUUAAGGUUAUUUUUGUUAGAACAUACUGUACACAUGCUUCUAUUCUUGCUUAAGGUAUUAUACCUCUACAGCUCAUUUAACAAUGUAAUAUAAAUUUCUAGUCCUUGAAAGUUAUUUUUACAAACUUUUUAGGGUAAUAAAGAAGUACAGGUUAGUAAUUAGUCACUUAUUACAAUCAAACGUGUAGUCAUGUUAAGUAUGUUUUCAAGGUCAAACAUAUAUUUUAGAUAGAUAGGUGGUCUUCAAACACUUCAGAGAUCAUCAGAAUAUGGCAUUUAAGAUGUUUUAAUAAUAUAAGGUUUUUUGAUGACAAUGAGACGUGUCAGUUCCUGGCAGCACCAAUCUACUUCAGAGAAGAUAAUGGGCAUCAAAGAACCUCCAUGUGGAGUUUGCUUUCUUUGUGGCAAAAGUUAGCCACUGGGCAAAAAACUGCCUUUGCCUUGACUUCUGACAGUAUGCUGUCCAAUUUGGACAAGCAGGACACAAAAGAAAGUGACUGUCAAACUUUGCCAAGACAAGGAGGGACAGUCCUUCAAAAUUCCUGCUUCACAGAAAAUUCUGUCAGAUAAUUCUAGGCCUGUAGGCUGAAGAUGGAUGCCCCAAUGUUACAGAGGAACCUUGGGUGACUGUCCAGGCAGCCAGCUGUUUCUGUCAUUUCUUAGUUUUGGAGGUUGUUUGCUCUGCACUUCCUGUUUACUAAGUUAAUAUGCCCUUCUCAGGUCUCUGAUGGAGUUGAAGACUAGAUAGUUAAUAGUUUUUCUUGUUACCAAAUUCAGAAAAGAAACAAAAGAGGUGUAAAGUGUAUAAGGUUGAGAGACAUAAAAGGAUAGUUUUGGGUUGGUGAUACAAGUUAGGAUAGAAAGUGAAUUAGGCAUAACACUUUGGACUCACCAAGAUAGGAUAGAUAAUGGAGUAUUUUCUCUGAAUUUGCCAAAUACAAGUGUAUUGAACAUUGUGAAUGUAAUUCUUGCAUGUUAAUUUUUCUUAUUGUCUAUAGUUUUCUUAUGUUAGAAUUAAAACUUUAUUUAGACAAAAAAUGUGAAAUGUGGAAUAUUCCUUUACACUGUGUGAAUAUAUAUGUAUGUCUCUGUGAUUGGUUUAAUAAAGAAGCUGAAUGACCAGUAGCUGGACAGGUAGAGUUUAGACAGGGGGAGACAAACUGAGAGAAUGCUAGGAAGAAAAAGGGUGGAGUCUGGGAGUCAGAAACAGAUACAAAGAGAAGCAAGAUGGGCAUGCCAUCCUGAGAAAAUAUACCAAGCCACGUAGCAAGGCAUAGAUAAGAAACAUGGGUUAAUUUAAAAUUUAAGAGUUAUCUAGUAACAAGCCUGAGUUAUUGGCUGAUCCUUUAUGAUUAAUAUUAAGCCUCUGUGCUUAAUAUUAAAUGGUAACAUUUACUCAGCCAUUCUGCACCUAACAUGAUGAAGGACUGUUGGCUCUGCCUCAACCCCAAACCCUCAUUAUGUAGGAAUGGCUUACAGUCUUGUGACAAGCCUCUACUGAUGCUCCUGGUUCCCAGCCCAAGCUAACCCUAUGUAAUGGACAAGGACUAUGUUCAUGUCAAAAUCACCAGGCUCUUUGGUUCCUCCCUAUUUGGAUAAUUGUACAGCCAUCAUUCAGAACCUGACUACCACAGGUACAGGUACUGAGAGUCAGCAACUGUUCCUCCCCUCCUGUUGGUGGAUAUACCUAUGGUAUCACACAGUGCCUGUUGGUCUCCUGCAUUAAACACAGGGCACAUCUGCUUUUUUAUGUCCUCAUUCAUAUCCUUCCUCAAGUUGAUAUUUAUGAUGGGGACAAAGGCUUCCUGAAUCUAGCCAUGACACUUGACUAAAAUGGGUGGUUUCCAUAUUAGUUCCACUCCUUUUUUUUUUUUCUUUUGAAACUAGAACAUUUAUUUUAUGACUGAUUGAAAUCCUCAAGAUGAACUGGAUGCUACAACAGCUGCCCUCUUGGGUUUAUGUGUUGUCCCUUCACGGAAUUCAUAUCUGAAUCACUCUUAAUGAAUGCAGUGAUUGCAGGAUCUUGUAGCAUUAGGAAUAUCAGCCUUGGUCCUGCAAGAUCAAGGGUUCAAAACUCUUAACAGUAAAGUUGAACAGGAUUUAGGGUUCUUAAAGGCCUCAGUCUCUAGAUUGGAAACAUCAGGUGGAUUCUCUGGCAGAAAUAGUUUUAUAAAACAGAAGAGGCCAUAACUUACUCUUUAUGAAGCAAAGAGGGCUGUGCGUGACUCCAGGAGAAACUGGGGCUGUGGUAAGAAACAAUCUUAAAACCAAAUACUUAAAAAAAAAAAAAAAAAGCCAAACAUGUAGUCCAACAAUUGGUACCAAUCCCUAUUUUACUGGUCACUCUGGCUAACCACCCUUGUUUCGGUUGCUUCAGGUCCCCUAAUACGUCCUCCUGAUGUUCCUUAUGAUCUUCUAGUGUAUAGAGAAUGCUAAAAUACUUGCCCUCUGCUGGCACUCGCAACCGUUAUAAUAGUUAGAAAUGGAAGCUCCUGAUGAAGGAUUUUACAGGGGUCCAUAAGACAAGGGAGGAAUGAGAAACCAGCCCCACUCCAUUUUAAGACCAGGAGCCAUUUUGAGACUCUAGCUAUGUCAGGUUUCUGUUUACUUUAAAACUUAAAGUUUCAAGUUUCUGUUUCUUGGAAUUAGGCUGCACCCCACUCCAUAACUGCAGAAUGUUCUGUACCAGAUGUUUCAGGAAGACUUUUGUCUUAGGGUUUUUAUUGCUGUGAAGCAACACCAUGACUGUGGCAACUCUUAUAAAGGAAAACAUUUCAUUGGAGCUGGCUUACAGUUUCAGAGGUUUAGUUCAUUAUUCAUCAUAGCGUGAAGCAUGGCAGCAUCCAGGUAAACAUGGUGCUGGAGAGGUAGCUGAAAAGUUCUACAUCUGGAUCUGAGGGCACUGGGCAGAGACUUGGCUUGGGCCUUUGAGACUUCAAAGCUCAUCCCCUGGUGACAUACACCUCCAACAAAGCCACACCUACACCAACAAGGCCACACUUCCUGAUUGUGCCACUCCUUGUAAACCUAUGGGGGCCUUUUUCUUUCAAACCACCAUAAUUUCCUUAACUGCCCGGUUAUGCCACUUGCAGUCCCCCGCCCCCCCUUCAGUUUUGUCUUCUAAAAGAGGUGUGGGAAAAGUGGCUCAGGGCUGUCCUCCAGAACCCCAUUUUCGGGGUAGACAGCUGCCAGGCUGGCUCUGCUCUACACAGAAUAAAGUUUGCUUUAACUUGGCCAUAAUUUGUGGUCAGUGGUCUUUGUCCUUAUUUGGUGGGAUUAACAGAUUAAGCCUUCCCCAGGAGCCUUCCCCAGGAGCACUCUCAGCCUAGCUUGGGUUCCUUCCUCUCCUUUUCUCUAGAGCUUCUACCAAGGGAAUUAAUUGUUUUGUGAAUGGAUGUUGCCUGGGUGCUGCAACCCUCCCCCUGGGAGUAGUUGAUUCAUUGAGUCUACUAACUCUCUUCAAAAACUUACUGUUGAUCCUACCUUGAGGAAGCUGCUUCUCUUUGAGGGUGUAAACAGCACCCCUGUUCCAGGAAAAAGGUGCCUGUGUUGCUGGUUCCAAUUGAAGGCCAAAGGGCGAAACAAAGGAAGACUGGACAGUGGUGCCUGGCUAUGGCCGGCCACACACUAUCCUUUUGUGUCCGAAGGUGCUGGUCAAGGGAGAAGUGGUGACACUCCCAGAGUUCCACACUCCUGCCUACCCAGGUGGUGGCCAAGCUGGCAGGGCUUCAGCAAGCCUUUCUUGCUCUACCCUCCCAUGUGUAUUGCCCGGCCUCCAGAACGCCACUGUAGUCUGCAGGCUCCCACUUGACUGUUCUUUAUAGUUCGAUCAGAAGCUUCUUUUUCCUUUUGGAGAAUUGUGCUUCCUGAGAUGCCAGACAUCUGUGGGUACAACUUCAAACCUUUGCAUUUCAAGGACCCUGAAGUGCAUUUCAACAGUAUAAGCUAAGAAAUUUCUUUAAUUUUUAGUCUUGUGAUGUAGUCAGGCCAACCUUGAACUUGGGACCCUCUAGUCCCAGUAUGAGAGCCAAAGUUAGGUUUUAAGUUUUAAUUACUGUGCCUAAGAGAUCCAUGAAACAAAAAUGCCUAGAAGCCAUUUGCCCAAGAACAGAUGCGUCCCUGAAAUGCUGGAGGCUAUUGUUUAUGGGAGAUAGCAAGCCAUGUUUCACUCCCUUAAACACAUCUGUUUGACUCAACUGUACCAGGUAUGCUUGAUCACAUGUAAGUAGGAGGUAUGUAGGCAGGAAAUGCAUCAGGAUGUAUGCUUGCCCUUGAUUGGAUGUAGGCAGGAGGAAUGCAGGCAGGAAGUACAUCAGCAUGUAUAAUUUACCUUGAUUGGACCUGAUGGGAAAUACGGUGGCCUUAUGAGGUUCCCUUUUUAAGCCUCUGCGAAAUGUGACCCAUCACCAUUUUCUGGGAACCCAUGAACGGACCUGGCUAGAGUCUAUCAUCCUGACCAGUAUUUAAUUAAAGUUUGCUUCAAAUUUGGCUCAAGCUGGCAGUAAUGGCCAAUGCCUUUAAUCCCAGCACCAAGGAGUCAGAGGCAGGUGGAUCUCUGUGAAUUUGAGGCCAGCCUGGUCUACAGAAUGAGUUCCAGGACAGGCUUCAAAGCUACACAGAGAAACCCUGUUUCGAAAAACCAAAUAAAAACAAAAACUUUUGUUUGGUUCAUAAUUGUGGUACUGGUCUUAUUCUCACCUGGAGGAUUAACACCAGCCUUUUUUAAGUGCUGCGGUUAUAAGCAAGUGCCACCCAUAUACCCAAAGGAUGCUUGAGCAUACCACGAGGACACUUGUUAACUCUGUUCAGAGUAGCAGCAUUCAUAAUAGCCAGAACCUGGAAACAGCCUAGAUGUGCCUCAAUCAAAGAAUGGAUAAAGAAAAUGUGGUAGAUAGACACAAUGGAGUACUACUCAGCCGUAAAAAAACAAUGACAGCAUGAAACUUGCAGACAAAUGGAUGGAACUAGAAAAUAUCCUGAGUGACAAACGUGGUAUGUACUCACUCAUAAGUGGAUACUAGAUGUAAAGCAAAGGACAAUCAGACUACAACAUGUGAAGGCAUAGACUUAACUUUACAGACUCCAUCUUAGGGAAAGGCCACCAUCUUAGACCAUCUGGUGACCGGGGGCUGAACUCAGUUCCAGGAAUAACCUCAGGAAUGUGCUGUGACAGUGAAAUUUGAACAGAUACCCUAGAAGCAGCCAAUUAGGAAACAUGGCAGUAAAAAUUAACAAGAUCCAGAUGUUCCUGCAGACAUUCUAUCAAUGGUUUAUGGCCCUUGCAGAUAUCCUGUCAGCAGAUUGUGGUUUCGAGUCAAAAGUUUAACUAAUAGUUUCAAAAAUCGCCUUGCCCCAUAUUCCGUUACCCAAUCCCAAAACGCCAAGGCAUGUAACUCCUGGGUUGUGUUUGUUUGUUUUUUAAACUCUCCUACUCCUGAGCUUGGGGCUACAUUCUUCCCAUCGGUGGCAUCGGAGCAUAGGGCUGCGGACUGGAUUUGAACCUGACUAUAAAGGUCCUUGUGUGUUUGCAUCAGAACCAGCUCUUCGGUGGUCUCUUGGGUUUUUGCAACAUGGAUACAACAUUUGGUGCAUUGGUCAGGAACCCCCAUGACCCAUGGACUCCAGAGUGGAGGCUCCCUGACCAGCCAGUAAGUGUCUCUAGGUGUGGGUCUGUCCUGUCUGCUAGUUUUGUUUCUGUGGUGGGCCUAAGUCGGUGAUUACAGUCAGAGCGAACACGCUGCAGGACCGUGAUCACAAAGGGCCAGAAGACGUUCCAGACCCCUGUGGUGGAGGUGGAGAGCCCCACAUCUGUUUGUUUGAGGAUGGAGAGCCUCAGAUCAGGACGGUAUUUGGAUGCACAAGUGGGUUGCCCCCACAACAUGGCAGCAAACUAUCAUUCUCUUUGACACUCUGCUGUCAGUCUCAUUGGGGCAAGCCUUUGUCUUGUUCCCUUGGUCUUCUGUGGUGUCUGUGUUUCUCUGUAUUUGUUUCUGACAGCAACGAAUGCUAUGAGACAGACAACUUCUCUGGACUUACUCUUAACUCACUACCAAGAUGUCAACACACAUGCUCAUAAUCUUUCAAUUCUGAUUUAAAAGUCUAAACUUGUCACCUUUUGCAGGUCAGACUGGCUGGCAAUCAACAUUGGCUGGCCUCCCAAGGGAACCUUCAACUUGGUCCUUAUGCGGCAAUGAAGGAAGUUGUCUUCAGACUACGAGUGGGGCAUCCCAACCAAAUGCCCUACAUAGUGGUUUUUAGAGACAGUAGAGGACCCCCCUUCCUGGAUUAAACCAUUCUUGCCCCAACAGGUUAAGGUCCUGGCUGCUGCCGAGAAAGACUUACCUGUGAAGGCCCCUUCAGCUCCUAAGCCAGAGGCCCUUCAAGGAAGCAACACAGAGGAAAAGAUCUCCCCACUACCAUCCUUAUACCACCGAUCCUGGUGCAGCCAUCCCAGUGCCAGCCCCCACUCCCACCCCCCUGCCAGUUCAGCUGGCUCCUCUGCCAACCCUGAAUGCUCCGCCUCGGGCAAGAGCGGGACUGGCUCACGGAUGUAGGGGAGAUAGCCCUGAUCCUGGCACAACAGUCCUUCCCCUUAGGGUGGCAGGACCCCCAACCAGGAUGGGAGUCAACUAUACCACUACUCUUACUUUGCCACUAGUGAUCUUUACAAUUGGAGACCCCAAAAUGCACCCUUCUCAGAAAAACCUAAGGAGCUGAUUAGCCUCUUUGAGAAUUCUCUUCACCCAUUUCCCUAUUGAGAGCCACUGGUAGCAAAAGUCCAUGAGAGUAUUCAGCAGUGCCAACUAGAGUUCAGAAGGUCAACCCAUCAGAACUAAGGGUUCUGUUAGAGGAAACAGUCAAGCAAGGCGUUAGGGAAUUCCUGCCUUUUGAAUGAACUGGCUGUCUCUUGUAAACUUCUAUGCAAUAACAGCUAUGAGUCUCCCCA